AUGAAGGCGUGUCAGCUGUCCGAUCGGGUGGAAGAGCUGGAACAGGAGGUGGAGAAGUACCGGAUUCUGGCGGGCAUUGAACGUCUCACAAAGGCCUCCUGGAACGACGGCAAUACACUCGCAUCCGCCGAGCACUCAACACCUUCGUCUGGGCCCAGUCAUUCAGCCGCCGGUGGCACCAGUGACGUCUCCGAGGCGCCGAGCCAGGCCGACCGAGUGGCCACGGCUCCGAGGCUGAACUUGGCCGUCUUCGAGGAGCGGCGAGGGCGAGGGCGAGGAACCAAGUCGGUGGUGGAAGUCCACCACGGCGUGGUCAACGCCGAUGGUUGGGAGCCUGGCUUGCGACGCUCGUCGAGUCCGGCCGCCUCGAGACGCUUUGAGAGCGCCAGUGAGCCGCCGGCGAGAGCGAGGCUUCUAGAGAGGGUUGGAGGCGAGACGAAAAAGAAGACGGCGCCGGAGGAGGAGCCGAGCGAAGAGGCGAAGGAGAUGCAGGAGACCGGGGCCGGUGCGGACGGGCUGGUAGGAGCCCCGGGCCGGCCGGGCUGUCGCCGACUGGCCGGCCUCGGAUCGCACGCCCUUGAUGCGGCCGGUGGUUUGAGGCCCGAGGCCGGCUCCCCGACGACCUGGGCUGCGCCGCACCACUUCUACCAUCGUGGCGGCCUGCGCGACAGUCUGUCGGCCGCCUCGUGGCUCACAGAAGCGCCCGGUUCGAGUCCCGCCGCGGCCGAUGACGACGGCGACGGCGACGCCGAGGCCGAGCUGGAGGCCAAAGAGGAGGCACCCGCGGCGCCACGCCGCCAGGGCCGGACGUUGAGCGUCGACGUGUCGCCGGGCCUCGGUCUGCCACCGCAGGCCGUCCACCACCGACAGUCGCAGACCGGCCCUCUCUGGCCCCAACAGUCGCAGCAUGCGGCUCGCGGCCACAUGUUGUCCGGCCGGCCGCGUCAGCUUGCCAGGCAGGAGCGCACCAUGUUGCGCAGUCGGGCGGCCGGGAGUGAGGAGAAGCGGCAGGCCGGGGACUCGGGCUUUUGCAGCAUCUCACAGACUAGCAGUCAACGCAGCAGCCUCUUCGGGAUUGACCCGGCCCUCGGACAGAUGAUGGAUGGGUAA